ACUGAAAGCUGAAUCUGUCAUGCACCCAUGAGUGAGUAGCACUGCUUGGACAUAUCAAUGGCCUCUGUGCCAAUAAUUCCAGACUCUUACAACCAUGUGUUGGCAGAGUUUGAGUGUUUGGAUCCGUUGCUUUCUGCUCUCAGGCUGGAUUCUAGUCGUCUGAAGUGCACAUGUAUAGACGUGUCAAAGCGAUGGCUAGCUCUGGGCAGUUCAGGAGGAGGACUGAACCUUAUACAGAAAGAUGGCUGGAAGCAGAGACUCUUUCUCACCCAUAAGGAAGGUGCCAUUUCCCAGGUUGCCUGUUGUUUGCAUGAUGAAGACUACGUUGCCGUUGCCACCAGCUUGGGUCUUGUAGUAGUCUGGGAGCUGAAUCAGGAACGUCGUGGGAAGCCAGAACGCAUUUACGUUUCCUCUGAGCACAAGGGCAGAAAAGUCACAGCUCUUUGUUGGGAUACAGCUGCCCUUCGUGUUUUUGUAGGAGAUCAUGUGGGAAAAGUAUCAGCCAUCAAGAUUAACACAUCAAAACAAGGCAAGGCUGCUGCCACUUUUGUGAUGUUUCCUGUUCAGAUUAUAACCACUGUGGAUUCUCGGGUUGUUCAGCUUGAUUAUUUGGAUGGCAGACUGCUCAUAUCUUCACUCACACGAACCUAUCUGUGUGAUACUGAGAGGCAAAAGUUCUGGAAAAUUGGUAAUAAAGAGAGAGAUGGAGAAUUUGGAGCAUGUUUCUUCCCUGUCGGAAAAAACAGUGGGAAUCAGCAGCCACUAAUCUAUUGUGCUCGACCUGGCUCAAGGAUGUGGGAGGUGAACUUUGAUGGAGAAGUGCAAAGCACACAUCAGUUCAAGCAGCUGCUCUCAGCACCACCUCUCCCUGUUAUUACUCUCAGACUGGAUCCUCAUUACACUAGCUCCAGCUCUUCCCCACAAUCUUUAUCUUUCCCCAAGCUGCUGUGUUUGACUGAGCACUGUGUGAUGACCUGGACAGAAAAGGGAAUUUAUAUUUUUCUUCCCCAAAGUGUUCAAGUCUUACUCUGGAGUGAAGUAAAAGAUAUUCAGGAUAUUGCAGUUUACAAAAAUGAGUUGUUCUGUCUGCACACAAAUGGAAAAGUUGUGCACCUCUCCCUUCUGCUGGUAGACCGCUGCAUAGAGCGUCUGAUGAGAAGAGGGUUCUGGACCCUUGCUGCCAAGGUCUCUUGUCUCUUCCAAAAUUCAAUUAUUUCUUGCAGAGCAAGAAAAAAUUUGCCUCUAGACAAGCUGGAGCAUUUGAAGUCUCAGCUGGAUGCCUCAACCCAACAAGAUCUCAUUAUGCAGCUGGAAGAGCUAAUUUCAAAGCUGGAACCUUUAGAUUCUGCGUGCAGCAGUAGAAGGAGCAGUAUUUCAUCUCAUGAAAGCUUCAGUGUCUUGGACUCUGGGAUAUAUCGUGUUAUCAGUCGGAGAGGCAGUCAGUCAGAUGAAGAUUCAUGUUCUCUCCACAGUCAAACAUUCUCAGAAGAUGAGAGGCUUAGAGAAUUUCCUGCACACCAGGAAGAUGAACAAGUAGAACUUGACAACGUUUCUCAUGCAUCUGUGACAGUUGAGGCUGACCGGAAUGAGACAUUUCUCCCAUUCAGUAUUCCUUUGUCAUUUCGUUCUCCAUCUCCUCUCGUCUCUCUUCAAGCUGUCAAAGAAAGCGUUUCCAGCUUUGUACGCAAAACCACUGAGAAGAUUGAAAAAAUCAGCACACUUCAUAUAAGCCCUGAUGCUAGAGGCAGGCAAGAAGCAAAGGAUGAGGAGCAGCUGCAGGAGCUGGCUGUUAAUCUGGUAGCAUCUCCCCAGGAAGAAAAACUUCUAGAACCACCAAGUUGCCAGCUUUCAGAGGAGGACCAUCUAAGAGAUCUCAAGGCUGCAACAGCAGAAGCUGUAGCCAAACUCCAGGAUCCCCUGGUUUUGCUAGAACCAGAGUGUAUGAGAAGGGUUUUACAGGAAUGGCUUGUCUAUCUAGAAGAAAGGUUUGGCAGCAAAGAGCAUUCUGCUUCCUCUGUUAAGACAAGCAAGGCUGCCUGUGCUGAAGACCAGAAGGCAGUCCUGGAGGAAAACCUUCGACUGGAUGUAGCUGGUGGAGAACCAGGAGACAAAGAACAGAGUAAUACCUUGGAAUGCUGCCCUGAAAAAGCAAACACUGAUGGAACCUGUGUAAGCAACACCAUGUAUGAAAAGAAUACUGACUUGAAGGGCCCUUUGGAGCAGUGCUUUCAGGUGUCUCCUCCCUGUGUCAUUGCACCAGCUGUGCAGAAAGAUCUGUCUGAGCUGGCCACGCUGUGUUUCGAGCUGCGUGUGUUUUCUGCUCGUGGUGAUGCUGGGCAAAGCUCAGAUGGAUGUCUGCCACUAGCUGCUUCAUCGACCUUGGCUUGCAGGUUUAUGCAAAGCUACUUCUUUCUUUUGGAUUUAAAGAGACUAAAGCAGUGCAUUAUAACCAUGUAUGCAGCCAGCCCUGAGGUGUGGGAAACGUACAUCGCAGGAUUGAAAGAACUAACUUGUCACAGUCCAGUGGCUUUAGCAAUGGAAAAUGAAGAUAUGUUGAAAAUCCUGAAACGGCUGCAUGACCUGGGGCCUUGGGAUGAUAGCCCACUGCUUCUGGUACAUGCCCAAAGGCUUUAUGAAAAAUUUGGGGAAACAGCUCUUCGGCCCUUGAUCAAGUUCCACCCCUCUAUUUCGCCUUCUGAUGUCAAACAGCUUUGCAGGAAUGAUCCAGUUCACUUUUUAGCCUAUUUAGAUAGUCUGGUGAAAUCCAAGCCAGAGGAUAAAAGGCCAUCUCUCCUUAGAUCUCUUCUCCAGCCUGAAUCUCUCCGACUGGAGUGGUUGUGCUUAGCAGUUUCUCAUGAUGCACCACAAAGAGCCAAUACUGUGGAUGCAGAAGGGAAUCCCAGGCCACGAUCACAUUUGUUUACUUGGGGCUACAGCCAGCUGAUUCUGCUUUUGAUUAAACUCCCAGCUGAUUUUGUUACAAAAGAGAAGAUGGCUGACAUCUGUAAAUCACAUGGGUUUUGGCCUGGUUACCUUUUCCUCUGUCUGGAGCUGGAUAGAAGAAUAGAAGCCUUUACUAAUAUUGCUCAUUUGGAUGAUUUGAGCCUGUUGAAUGAAGAAGAUGGUUCCCUCCCAGAGACCAUCGAUGAAUGGAAGCUGCUUCUGCACCUUGCACAGAAUCACAGCACAGCUUCCCCCCACCAGGGCUCGCAGAACGGGAAUGCUGUCAGCAACGGCAGCGCUGCCUGCCCCGACUGCGUCACUGUGGAGAACGUAGCACUGCUGCUGGUGAAGGCCCUCGGCCCAAACCGUGCCCUGCCUCUCCUGCAAGAGUGUGGCUUGACACUGGAAUUGUCUGAGAGAUUUACUGGUGUCUGUGAGAUACUGAGAAUUGCUGAGAAAAGGCAAAGAGCACUGAUUCAGACCAUGCUGGAAAGGUGUGACCGGUUUCUGUGGUCUCAGCAAGCAUAGAAGACAACUUGGAAAACUCUAGGAACAGAGGGGUUUUUUUGUUGAUUGGGUUGUUUUUUAAUGAUUGUAUACUAAAGUGCCUCUUACCAGCCUGUUAACA